AUGCCGUCAAGGUCGCCAUUUGAAGAUGGUGUAGGCGGUAAGGAGCCGAUAAGUUCGCCGUUCGAUGAUAGCAAUCGGUUUCAGGACGUUGAGAUGGUGCCGAUGGAGGAAGACGUGAAGGAUACAAACACCACUGUGUAUGAUGAGUUCGGGGAUGGUCCAUACAAGGAAGAGGAUGAUAUGGACGAUGAUUAUUCCAUGGAGCCUACCCCCAUUGUAGGGCGAAGCGAUAAUGGUCAGUUUAACGAUGAUAACAGAGUGCUUAUGUUUGGUCCGGAUGAUCUAGAGAGAAGGGCCCAACCUGGCAAGAACAGGGAAAGCAAGAGUGGAGAUCAGAUCAAAAGACUGAGAUGGGGUACACAGCGCAGGAGGAAAUCUUUUAAGAGAUACGACAUAGGCAGAUCAAAGACUUUGAAAUGGGCCAAGAAGAAUAUUCAGGACCCUUUAGAAGAACUAAUUGGUAAUGAAAAUGAAGCUACGGAUGAAACGGGUAUGCGUAAUAAAGCUGAUGAACUGAGGAACAUCUAUUUCAACCAGCCGUUGCCGCAAGAUAUGUUGGAUGAGGAUAACAAACCCUUGGCCAACUAUCCUAGAAAUAAGAUCAGAACUACGAAAUACACUCCGCUUACUUUCUUGCCAAAAAAUAUUUUGUUACAAUUCCACAAUUUUGCGAACAUAUAUUUCUUGAUUCUAAUUAUUUUGGGUGCUUUCCAGAUUUUUGGUGUCACUAACCCAGGUUUCUCUGCUGUGCCUUUGAUUGUUAUUAUUAUUAUCACUGCAAUUAAAGAUGGUAUCGAGGAUUCAAGAAGAACAGUAUUAGAUUUGGAAGUCAACAACACUAAGACUCACGUCUUAACUGGAAUUGAGAACUAUAACGUCUCUGCUGAUGAUAUCUCAUUGUGGAGAAGAUUCAAGAAAGCUAACUCAAGAAUAAUAGCUAGUUUUGUUCAGGUAUGUAGAGAAACCUUGACAAAGAAAGGACGGUUGGAAAAAGCCCAAAGGAAACGUCAAAUGGCAAAUCACAAGAAAAACCUGAACAGGAAGUUUAGAAACUCUUUGAACUCUUAUAGAAGUAAUCGUAUGUCUCGUGACGUGAGACCUUCGAUGGACUUCAGGCCCUCUACGGAUAUCAAUGGUUACCAACAGAAUGAAGACACAUUAAUAAAUAAGACUUUACCAACGGACAUGGAAUGGAGAUUCUCCAAAGACUACUGGAAAAAUGUGAAAGUAGGUGAUAUCGUUAGAAUUCAUAACAAUGAGGAGAUUCCCGCUGAUAUUAUUUUACUAUCUACUUCCGACUCUGACGGAGCGUGUUAUGUCGAAACAAAAAACUUAGAUGGAGAGACAAAUCUAAAAGUUAGGCAAUCCAUGAAAUGCACUUCUGAUAUCAGGAGUUCGAUUGAUAUUGCUCGGACAAGAUUUUGGAUAGAGAGUGAAGGUCCACAUGCAAAUUUGUAUUCCUACCAAGGUAACUUUAGGUGGAACAGUUUAGAAGAUAAUCAAUUAAAGAAUGAACCUGUUAAUAUCAACAACUUGUUGCUUCGUGGUUGCACUUUGAGAAAUACUAAAUGGGCUAUGGGUGUCGUAGCAUUUACUGGUGAUGAUACUAAAAUCAUGUUGAAUGCUGGUGUAACUCCGACUAAGAAAUCUAGAAUAUCUAAAGAACUAAACUUAUCCGUUUUGUUUAACUUUGCAUUGUUAUUCGUUCUGUGUUUCAUUGCUGGUUUGUACAACGGUAUCUAUCAUAAUAAGCAUCCGAGAUCAAGAGACUUUUUUGACUUCGGUACAGGGACCGGUGGUUCCGCUACAAGUGGUUUUGUUUCGUUUUGGGUUGCAGUUAUCUUGUAUCAAUCUUUGGUCCCUAUUUCUCUGUACAUUUCCGUCGAAAUCAUCAAAACAGCUCAGGCUAUAUUUAUAUACCUUGAUGUUAUGAUGUACAAUGAAAAGUUAGAUUAUCCAUGCACACCUAAAUCUUGGAAUAUCUCUGAUGAUCUCGGUCAAAUUGAGUAUAUUUUCUCAGAUAAGACAGGGACAUUAACCCAGAAUGUUAUGGAAUUUAAGAAGUGUACGAUAAAUGGUGUGUCUUAUGGUAGGGCUUACACUGAAGCUUUGGCCGGUUUGAGAAAAAGGCAAGGUGUAGACGUUGCUCAUGAAAGUAAGAUUGAGAAGGAAGGCAUUAAGAGAGAUAGAGAGGAAAUGAUUAAUAAGUUACAAAACCUCGCCAAAAAUUCACAAUUUUAUGAAGAUGAAGUCACAUUUGUCUCUAAGGAAUUUGUUGACGAUUUGACAGGUGGAUCUGGUAGCGUCCAACAAAAGUCAUGUCAGCAUUUCAUGCUUGCAUUGGCUCUUUGUCAUUCUGUGUUGACAGAGCCAAGUAAAGAAGAUCCUGCUAAAUUGGAAAUAAAAGCACAAUCACCAGAUGAAGCAGCGCUUGUAACUACAGCCAGAGACAUGGGUUUUAGUUUCCUAAAAAAAACUAAGGAAGGUAUGGUAUUGGAAGUCCAAGGAAUUGAAAAAGAAUUCCAGAUUCUAAAUAUAUUAGAAUUUAAUUCUUCUAGAAAGAGGAUGAGUUGUAUUGUAAAAAUUCCAGGUGAUGAUGCUAAUGGUAAACCAAAGGCCUUGUUGAUUUGUAAAGGUGCUGAUUCAGUUAUAUAUUCUAGGUUGGAUAAGACUGGUCUAAAUGAAGAAUCUCUGUUGGAAAAAACUGCUCUCCAUCUUGAACAAUAUGCUACUGAAGGUCUAAGAACACUGUGUUUGGCUCAAAGAGAGCUGUCCUGGGAAGAGUAUGAGCGUUGGAAUAAGAAAUAUGAUAUUGCAGCUGCUGCUGUUGUUGAUAGAGAAGAGGAAUUAGAAAAAGUUUCUGAUGAGAUUGAAAGACAUUUGAUACUUUUGGGUGGUACAGCAAUAGAAGAUCGUCUACAAGAUGGUGUUCCUGAUUCUAUUGCAUUGCUAGGUGAGGCUGGUAUUAAAUUGUGGGUUUUGACCGGUGACAAGGUCGAGACAGCUAUUAAUAUUGGUUUUUCAUGUAAUCUGCUGAAUAACGAUAUGGAACUACUAGUUAUCAAAACGACAGGCCCUGAUGUUGAGGAUUUAGGCGCUACACCUAAAGAUAUUGUUGAUACAUUGAUUUCGCAAUAUCUACAUGAUAAGUUCGGAAUGGCAGGAUCUGAGGAGGAACUAAAGAAGGCAAAAGCUGAACAUGACAUACCUAGAGGUGAAUUUGCCGUCAUUAUUGAUGGUGAAGCCCUGAAGUAUGCACUAUCUACUGAAGACAUGAAACGUAAGUUUCUUUUGCUUUGUAAGAAUUGUAAAUCUGUUCUCUGUUGUCGUGUAUCUCCGGCACAGAAGGCUGCUGUUGUUAAACUUGUCAAAAACACAUUGGAUGUCAUGACUCUUGCUAUUGGUGAUGGAUCUAAUGAUGUCGCCAUGAUUCAAUCUGCUAAUAUUGGUGUCGGUAUUGCUGGUGAAGAAGGUAGACAAGCAGUUAUGUCAUCAGAUUAUGCAAUUGGUCAAUUCAGGUACUUGACUAGAUUGCUUCUGGUACAUGGAAAAUGGUGUUAUAAAAGAUUGGCUGAAAUGAUCCCACAGUUUUUUUACAAGAACAUGAUUUUCACGUUGGCUCUGUUUUGGUUCGGAAUUUAUAACGAUUAUGAUGGAUCUUAUUUGUUUGAAUAUACUUACCUGACAUUUUACAAUUUGGCUUUCACUUCUAUUCCAGUUAUUUUACUGGGUAUUUUCGAUCAGGACGUUAGUGAUACCAUAUCCUUGGUAUUCCCACAACUUUAUAGAGUUGGUAUACUGAGAAAGGAAUGGAGUCAAACGAAAUUUUUGUGGUACAUGCUGGACGGGUUAUAUCAAUCAGUUAUAGCCUUUUUCUUCCCUUACUUGCUUUACCGCCGUCACAUGAUAGUUACAAGUAAUGGUUUAGGAUUAGAUCACCGUUAUUACGUUGGUGUGCCUGUAACAGCAAUUGCAUGUAUUUCCUGUAAUCUUUACAUUCUAAUUCAGCAAAAGCACUGGGAUGUGUUCUGUUCAUUUUUUGUUGGUGUUUCUAUCAUGAUUUUCUUUACAUGGACCGGUAUUUGGUCAAGUGCUUCUAGAAGCAAUGAAUUUUAUCAUGGUGCUGCUAGAGUGUUUGGCACCCCCACUUUCUGGGCAGUGUUGUUUGUUGGUAUUAUGUUCUGUUUGCUGCCUCGUUUUACUUUAGAUGUUUUCAAGCGUUACUUCUAUCCUAAGGAUAUUGAUAUUAUUAGGGAGAUGUGGAGUCGGGGUGACUUUGAUUCAUUCCCUAAGAAGUACGAUCCUACUGACCCGGAGGUUCAUAAGAUUGCUAUGUCUGAUAUUCGUGUGUUUUCUGGCGCAGAAUCUAAGGAGUUCAAUUCUAAUUCCAAUACGAGUAGCUCAUCCAGUGAAGAUAUUUUGUCUGAAGAAAUUCCUCUGGAACUUGGAAAAGGUAUGAAUGAUUCAGGCAAGAAAAGUGAAUAUGAGUCUGGUGUUGGUGAUGAGAUCUUGAAAUAUUAUCUCGGUAAGGACUCUAAUAGAAACACAAUACUCACAGACAAUCAAAAGAGACUUUCUACAUACUCUAGAGCAAGUAAUAGAACCUCGUUGGAUCGCACCAGAGAAGAUAUGCUGGCCACCAACCAACUCGAUACACGCUUUUCUGUAGAAAGAGCGAGAGCUUCUCUUGAACUUCCUGGUAUUACUCACGCUGAAAAUUUAUUGAAUUCGAACUAA